GACGGUGUCAUGGCGUCGGACGGGGAGGUUGUGAGGCGCGUGUGUGAGACGGAGCGCUGCGAGCGGGAGGCGCGGCUGCAGUGUCCCACCUGCAUCAAGCUCGGCAUCCACGGCUCCUUCUUCUGCUCGCAGGAGUGCUUCAAAGGAAGUUGGUCAACUCAUAAGCUGCUUCAUAAGAAAGCCAAAAAUGAAAAGUCUAAAGAAGAAUCUUCUAAGUCUGAGAAAGGUGAAGUUAAUACAGAUCCCUGGCCUGGAUAUCGAUACACAGGGAAACUGAGGCCGCACUACCCAUUGACUUCCAUGAGAUCUGUUCCAAGUUACAUCCAGGGGCCUGAUUAUGCCAAUCAUCCAUUAGGUGUUUCUGAAUCUGAACAGUCCUUAAAGGGAACAUCUCAAAUCAAAAUUUUGCCUCCAGAGGAUAUAGAAGCAAUGCGGGCAGUAUGUCGACUAGCCCGGGAGGUUCUAGAUGUUGCUUCAAUGAUGGUUCGGCCAGGAGUCACAACUGAAGAGAUUGAUCAUGCUGUUCAUAUGGCCUGCUUAGCAAGAAAUUGUUAUCCAUCACCACUCAAUUAUUACAAUUUUCCAAAAUCUUGCUGUACUUCAGUAAAUGAGGUGAUCUGCCAUGGAAUUCCAGAUGCACGACCAUUACAGGAUGGUGAUAUUGUUAACAUUGACAUUACAGUCUACCGCAAUGGUUUCCAUGGUGAUUUAAAUGAGACAUUUUUUGUGGGCGAAGUUGAUGAAGGAUCUAAGAAAUUGGUGCAGACAACAUACGAGUGCCUAAUGCAAGCUAUAGAUGCAGUAAAACCAGGUGUUCGGUACAGGGAGUUGGGCAAUAUCAUACAGAAGCACGCACACGCAAAUGGCUUCUCAGUAGUUCGAAGUUAUUGUGGACACGGGAUCCACCGACUUUUCCACACAGCACCCAACGUGCCGCAUUACGCUAAAAAUAAAGCUGUCGGAGUGAUGAAACCUGGUCAUGUGUUUACUAUUGAGCCUAUGAUUUGUGACGGGGCUUGGCAUGAUGAAACGUGGCCUGACAGCUGGACUGCAGUAACCAAGGACGGCAAGCGCUCGGCGCAGUUUGAGCACACGCUUCUGGUCACAGAGACUGGCUGUGAGAUCUUAACACGGCGCUUGGAGGACAAUGGUCGCCCUUAUUUUGCAUCACAGUUGUAGCCUGGUACCUUCGCUGCUGGUCACAGCGGCAGCCCCUCAAUGUCUUCACCUCAAGUUUGGCCAAUGCCUUAAGGCACUGAUUCGUUUGUUAUUUUUAUUUGUUGUUUGGGGGGCUUUAGAUGCUGCAAAGCACUGGAUGCCCAAACAGCCUGUUUGCAACAUAUCUUUUUUCCUCAUCCUCCCUUCCAGAGUGCCUCUGGUCCUAAUAUCAGUUCUUACUGCCUGUAUCUUAAAUGUUUCUUAAUGGAAUAAAAUUUGUGGCUACA